AUGUCCAUGGUUUCACACGAGCCCUUUCAACUAGUCGGCCGCUAUGCCGACCGCAAUCGGUGGGAGAACCUCAAUGGGCCUGGAGAUUCGCGUGUGACUGGCAUACAAAUCAUCAAAGAUGAGGCCCUCGAUGGUGCAUGGGGUGAUAAAGUUGUGCUCAUCACCGGGGUCUCUGCUGGAAUUGGCAUCAAGACCAUUGAAGCAAUCGCUUCAACUGGUGCUACUGUCUUCGGAACGGCUCGCAACAUUGACAAGGCCAAACAGGCACUUGCCCAUCUACUUGAAAACCACCGAGGCCGAAUCCACCUGAUUGACAUGGACCAAGCCGACCUCGCCACAGUUCGUGCUUGCGCCGAUAGCAUUCGCGAGAAGAGCGGAGGCAAGCUCAACGUCAUCAUUAACAACGCGGCCGUUAUGAAUACUCCAUACGAAAAGACCAAGGACGGAUUUGAGUUGCAGUUUCAGACAAACUACCUCUCCCACUUUCUGCUCUUCUACCUACUCAAGGACCUCCUCUUGACGAGCUCGUCAGCUAAAUUUCACUCACGAGUUGUGACGGUCUCAUCAGCUGCUCAUCGCUAUGGACCUUGUCGUCUUGACAACAUCAACUUUGACAAUGGCGAAUACAACGGCUGGAUGGCUUACGCCUUGAGCAAGGUGGCCAAUAUUUACAUGACGAACCAAGUUGAGCGUCUGUACAGUGCCCAAGGCCUUCACGCCUACACACUUCACCCAGGCGCUUUCAUAAGCCCGAACCUGCAAAAGUUCUCCAAGGCUGAGACAGAGGCGCUCAGUCAGGGAGACGACAGACUUAGGAAGUACAUGAUGUCUCAGGAUCAGGCCUGCGCAACAACUAUUUAUGGCGCUGUCUCUGCUGAGCUGGAAGGUGAAGGUGGUUUGUAUCUGGAGGGAGCUUCCAAGUCGGGGCCUUGUCCUCCUGAUUCGGAUGCUGUCGAGUAUGGAUACGCAAGUUGGUCUCAAGACAAGGUCAAGGAGGAAGAGCUAUGGGAAAAGAGCAAGAAGUGGACUGGCGUGUUUGAAUGA